GUUAGGUGGUUGGAGGAGAUGCUGCUUUGGGCUUCCAUACAUGAAGCCUACCUUAAAUCCGUCCUAUAUUCGCACCACUGUCCGUCUUCUUGCCUAUCCCAUUCUUGGCAACCUUAUCAAUGACGACAGUCUUUCCAUCCUGCUACGAUCUGCUCUUACAUACCUGCCAAUUCCCAUGACGAUCAUUGCCGCAGCAGCCAUCCCCGAACCGCCCCCGGUAUAUUAGUACCCGACUAUUGACCAAAGCAUAGCCCCUUGAAG